ACUGUCAAACAAAAACUGCUCGCUUAGAAGUACAAACCCUAACAAGAGUAACAAUUAUUUUGUUGAGUUCUAAUUUUUGAAUAAUUUAAUACAUAAUGAAUGGAUAUCGCAUCGAUUGUCGUCCCCAUGUGAUCUUCCAGCUGUUUUAUGGAGCUGGAUUAUUGACGGCAAUAACUGUUGCACCCGAUAUUUCGAUACACCUACGAAUGGACAAGCAAUUGGUGAUAUUUACCUAUCCGGAAAUAUGGAUAUCGGCAGUCAUAGCCCUGAUAUUCACCUUCUUGGCCAUGUUGCCCACGAUUAUAACGCUACCAAACGGGUUAACCAGAUUCCGUAUCAUAAAUGUGAUGCCGACGGUUCCCUGGAUAUCAUUGUGCUGCAUCAAGUUCUUCAAUCAAAUCUCGAUGUAUAUCUUUGCCAUUAGACAUAUGAACGAAAGCAACGAUUCAACGCCCUUGAUCAAGGCCCUGAUCUGUUAUUGCAUCAUCUUUAUAAUGUCCAUUGAGAUCAUGUUGCACUGGAUAAGCAUUGCUCUAAUGAGUACCGCUGGUAACGUAGUGUUGGUGCUACCCAAGGGAAAGUAGAUAAGUCUCUUGUGGCAUCUCAACACUGAUCCGAUCGGAGCCUGGAUACAAUUUGGAAUGCAAAAUUAUAAAAUUAAUUAU